CGACCCUUACGCCAUUUUCCCUCUUUACUGUCGUCUUCACCUUUCCAUCCGACAUCAGUCAAAUUACUUCGACUCAAAUGUCAUCCAAGCGUGGCCGUAAACGAAACGACAAUCUUCCUCCUAAUCGUGCAAGAGAUGUCCAGAGAGCCUUUCGAGCACGUCGCGCCGCUCAUCUGCAGGCCCUUGAGCUUCGUGUCUCGGAGCUCGAAGAAGAGAACAACUGCCUCAGAGCGGCUCUCAAUCUACCCCCUGCAAGCCGGCCUGCCCUUGGGAGAGGUCCCACAGGAAAAGACAAGCCCAAGAGUCUCGAACCAACGCCGGUAUCUCAGUCGACUUCUUCUAAAAGUAGAGCUUCCUCUUUAGCCGCGGAUUCACCUUCCCCUCAAAGAUCUGUUUCUGCUUCCCCCUCUCUUAUCGCUCCGUCCUUGCGUACAUCUCCAAUAGUUGAAGGAGGCACUUGGCAAAGUGAUUUUGGUGUCAGCGAGCAACAUCCUCAGCGCUCCCACAUCCCCUCUCCACCCACCAAUUUUAACCUCCGUCCAAGCAAUCCAAUUCUACCCAAUAAAACCAAUGUUCCUCAGUACGGUUUUCCUAAUUCUAUGGCUGCCCCUCCUGCUCGCAACAUAAUGACUUCGAGUGCGAUGCAUCCAUCCCAAAUGCAGUCCUAUUCCCACACGGGCGAUCGUCCUGUGCCACCCACCUAUAACGACAUGGGUUAUUUCAUGAAUGACGUGCAGGAUGCCCAAACACACACCCAACCUCCAUCCCAACCCCAGGCCCCUCCGCCCCCUCAGCCUCAGCCUCAGUACCAUUAUCAUUAUUCAUCUUUCCCUCCUGAACCCGCACAAUCCCUUAAUUCGCCACAUACAUCUCAAGCUUCGGCGCCCGUGCACCCAGAAGAGCAACGUCCUAUACAUCAACCACAGCGUACUCAGGCGCACCCUCAGGCCACGCCUUUACCGUAUCAACAGCGGAGGUCGUUGACAGAGCCGCAGGGGUUCAGGCCUUUCGGGAGCGAUUUACAUCUCCCUAAUCCCGUGCUCCAUCCCCACGGUAUACGCUUAGCAUCUCCACCGCCGCCCGUCCAUGAUCCACGAUCACAAUACUCGGGCCAAGGCAGACAUAUCACGGCGCUCCCAUGACGCUUCCCGGCUCCGCACCUCGCUCAGUUAAUUUUCAUUUCAUUAUCUAUCAUGAUUUGUCGUUUUUAGUACGUUUUCGCAUCCGGACUCAAAAAUGCUAUCUUGUUAGUCGCUGAGAUUUUAAGCAACUCUCACCUCUUGUAUCGUUAUUGUUCAGAUUUCUGGGCUACAAGCAUCUGCUAUUCUAGAUGUAUGUGCAAUCGAGUUAUAUAAUAAUACGUUCAAUAUUAAUAAGUAGCUGAUCAAGGAUGCU